AUGUCCGAAAGAAGAAAUACACUCAUCAAGUAUGCAACAGGUCAAAGUCACCUAAGACAGCCACAGGAUCACGAUAAUAAAACUUUCCUAAUAACACUCUCUAUUCUAGACUACUAUCUCCAGACUAGCUCGUCGCCCCCUUUUGGGCACGUCAAUAAUAUUUGA